AUGUCUGCCAAAUACCCGCCAGAGAGCGAGUCACCGCACAACAGCAGCGACGAGGAGGACGAGGAGGAGGAAGAGGAGGACGAGGACGAUGAGGAAGAGAUCGAGGAGUGGACGGAGGUGACGCCGCUGAGCGAGCUGGCGGAGCUAGAGGAUGGCCCUAGCAGCCACUUUGUCGGCGGCUUCAGUGUAUGCAAUCAUCUCGGCGACGCCAUCGGCCGCGUACAGUUCAAGGAGGACAUUGUGCUCGUCUUUCCCGGUGUUUACGCAGCAGCCUCGUCCUCCUCGACGUCCUCUUCGUCACCGCUGGAGCUGAACGAGGCACAGCUAGGGGGCCUGUGCGUGUACAGCGUCUCCUACGCUCGUGAGCAUGCAUCGCACGGUGGAAGCAACAAGGUAGCGGAGCCGCGCUACAUGUCGCCGUCAAAACGCCGCGUUGGGCCGUGGUUCACCUACCUUACGGCCGCAGCGGCAGCUGCGUUUCUCGCCCAGGACAGCAGCAGUGGUAGCACCGAGUACGCGAAGUCCAGCAAGGCAUACAACCCCUUGCAGGCUGCCGCCUCGAAGGCAGUGGAGGCGAUAGACAGUCGGAAAGCCGCCUCGAUGACCACCAUGCACACCACGAGUGGCUCCAGCGUCUUUGCGCCGGCGAUCACCGCCACCACAGCGAAUCCGCAGCUCUAUCCCGUGUUUGACUUCCCCAUCUCCAUUCUGUACACCAACGAGUCCGCUGAUGCCACGGCAUCGUCGACCUGUGGGUUACCCCACUACGUGCAGCAGGAACUGGACAGCGACGAAGACGAGGAAGACGAGGAAGCCAGCGAGAGGGGCGGUGGCGACGAUGGCGGGGCCGAGCAGGAGCAGGAAGAAAGCAGCGCUGAGGCUUCGCGAGAGGAGGUGGCCAUCACCCUUGCCGGCCUGUGCGCGCGCGCUGGCGUGACAAUCGGCUCCCUAACGCGUACACACAUCACCCACUGCGUUAUCGGCUCUCCGCAGCAGCAUCCGACGUCAUCCGAAGCCAGUGCUGUAGCUACGCGAAUCGCCAUCACAGCGGCGCCGCUAACGGAGGCGGUAGUGGAUCACUCUCUUGUGUAUGGAGGAUCGGCCUACGGCCUCUACGCCUAUCCGCGCUGUGCUCUAACGAUGCACAGCUGCAUCGUGGAGGGGCCAAACACAGAGGCCGCCGCGUAUAACGCCGCCGGUGCCUCCGCCACCAACGCAGUCUCCGCGGACGGUUGUCGUGGCGGCUCUGCCCUCGCACAACUGCAGCGGCGCCAAGCUCGAACACAGCUGCUGCGCCGCUACAUGGACCGCUUCGAAGAGAACGAGGCCCACGACACGGGCGAUAGCGGGCGUGGGGGUGAAUCUCUUGACAUUGAGGAGGGUGUCCUGCCGCGCUUCUGCGUUCCUGGUGCGAGCGCUGCGGGAGCGGCUGCCAUCCCGAUGUCGUGCGAAGUUGCCAUAAUGUGCGAUGACGCUGAUGUGCACCUCACAGACUGCCUCGUCACGCACACCCGGCACGGUGUGCUCCUGCACGGUGGCUGCACCGGCACAGUGAUUAAGGGUUUAUCGGUGCGCAGCAUUGCGGAGGUAGGCCUCUACGUGUACGGGAUGGCUGGUGCAGCCGAUGUGCAGUACAGCUCAGUGCUUGCGUGCGGGCUGGCGUGUCUGCUGGUGGUCGGCCCGUCUGCUGCCCAGGUGGCCGCCGCAGAGGCCGAGCUUCCGGCUCGUCCGUCCGAAGAAGACGAGGAGGAGGACGCUGAGGAGUCCGAAGAUGGCCAUGGCCGGCGUCGCCCGAUAUUUGCGCAGCACCCGCACAUUCGGUCCAACUGCGUUAUCGGGGCCGUCCGUGUGCAGGGCGAGGUGCGUAGCGGUGCCAUGGUCGACAAUCUUGUCUUCCUCCCUCGUGACGAGCAAGGCGUUGCCGCCGCGGCAGCAGCUGGGGCCCAGAGGGUACUCACCGUGCCUGCCGACACAGCGCGCGGCUUUGCGUAUGUCGGGAGGGAGGGAGAGCGGGUGCCGGCACGUGCGGCAGACGAGGCCGCCGCAGCGUGA